AUGGAUGAGGCUGCAGAUUGGCUCGUGGACUCGCUCCGCUUGUACCAGGAUCUCCAUGCGUUUGAGCUGCCAGGUCCCACCAGAGUCCUGGAGUGGACUGAUAACCAAGGAGUCUAUGUUGCUGGCUGUGAAAGUCAGAAAAGAAAUGAAGUGCUACAUCUUCUUUUACCUCCCAAACUCUGUGUUGAAAACCAGAGCUUAUGCCCAGAAAGAGAUUUCAGAGUGAAACAUGGGGGAUUUUCAGACAAGCCUGUCUACAACCUGAAGCAUGUGCCAGAGACCAGGUUGCUGGUAACCAGUGGCCCACACAGCAGUUCCCUACAAGUGUGGCAGGUUGCAGAAGAUAGUGACAUGAUUAAAGCUGUGAUUACCAUUGCUUUACAUGAGGCAGAAAGCCUCUGGCCUAAGAUUGCAGUCCUAUUCUCUAAGGUCCCCAAAGUCCUCCAUGGGGCUAGGGCCAGUGGUCUGCACAUUACCGACCUGGAGUGCCAGAAGACCUUCAACAUGUCAGGGGUGAGUGACCAUGAAGAAGAGAUAAGCAGUCUGCAGGUAUUAGAUGCAGAUACAUUCAUCUUCUGCUGUGCUUCAGGACGACUGGGGCUUGUGGACAUCCGCCAGAAGCCGGGUGACUGCAAGAAGGCUGUCCCCAACUCUGGGCCUGGCAGGGAGCAGUGGUGUGCUGAAGUCCGAAGCAGUGAGAAGGGGCCAGGCCCCACCAUUGCCAGUCUGUCCUCCAGUGGGCAGCUUCAGCUCAGAGACCUGCGGGAUCUUGACCAUCCAGUGACCACAGUGCAGUGCCCAGUGUCUGUGCCCAGCCCAAACUGGGAGUUGCUGAGGGUUACCUGGGCUCCUUCUCUAGAAGGCUGCUUAGCCAUUUCAGGUUUUGAUGGGACUGUCCAAAUCUACGAUAAGACAUCCUGGGAAAGAAAUGGGAGCCACAUAGAACCACUCUUUAUCCACAAAGGACAUCUUUUCAUGGAUGGGACCAAGGAGGACCCACUUCCACUAGUCACCACACAUUCCUGGCACCCCAGCAAACCCAGGACAUUGUUGUCUGCAGCAUCGGAUGCUUCUUUGCAUGUGUGGGAUUGGAUGGAUCCUUGCAACUCCUGAUGACUCUACUCAGAGGGAGGCAGAGGCCCAAACAUUCCCUUGUUAAUGGUGUAGAGAUUUGAAACGGAAGACUUGUAAACCUCAUCUCUGCACGUGGCUUCAGUCUCUGCUAGCUCUAGUCUCAGACUCUAAACAACUGUCCAUCCAAAGGUUCACUGUUAGGUUGUCAGCCUCCUGUUUGGCAGCUAUGAGGGAAAUUUUCCUUGAAACUGGUGGAAGAUUUAUAGCAGCUCUUUUUGUGGUGACAAAGAAUUGGAAAUUAAAGAGAUGUCCCUCAAUUGGGGAAUGCCUGAACAGUUGUGGCAUAUGACAGUGAAGGAACACUGUUGUGCUAUAAAGGAUGAUGAACAGGAUAAUCUCAGAAAAGACUUGGAAAGACCUAUGUGAACUGAUGUGGAAUGAAAUGAGCAGAACC